CACUAGUAAAUAAUAUUGUAUACAAUUACACGUAACUGAAAAGCCAUGGCUCAUCUUUCGGUGGAAACCAUUCUUACAGCUCCAGUGACACGAGAAGUAGAUAACAUGAGCGAUUGGUCAACGGUAUGGUCCACGACACAUGUACCGGGUAUGGACACAGCGACUGGCGCCGGGUCCCUCAAAAAAUCAAUGGGUCGUCGACGCCUACGCAAUGCCGCCCAUAGCAUCUGCUGUCUUUUGGCUAUGCACUGUCGGGUCACUGCCAUUGCGCUUAAAGGCAGUUUCUUUGUCUUCCUACUAACAUUGACGGCGGCAAUUGGUAUCUUGGGGAAUCCUCUACGGCACUUUGAAGUGUAUCUCGGCCAAUGGAGCAUCAGCGGGCCAGGUCGAGCUUUUCGUAUAAUACCAAUGUUUGAUGGUGUUGGAAUAGCAAUAUGCAUAAACGCUUUGACUCGAGCCAUAACUUGUUCGGUCAUGGGUGCCAUUACUGCUGUUUAUGUGUUGGCGGCGGUCUCUGAUAAGCAAUUACCCUUCGAAUUUUGCAGGGACAACAACUUAAAAGCGUACAACGCAAGUUUGAAACAAAUUGACGCAGCCAUGUUGAACGAUCCUUAUGCAUCUUUAGAGUCUGGUUUAUUGCUACUAGAUGAACAAAUGACAACUAAGCCAGUAUUCAGAACAGUGGGAACACAGCCUCAUGCAUGGAGAAAUUUAACACAGUUAAAAAUUUCACUCGGCGUACAACUAGUUAGCCAGCGUAAAACAUACGUCUGCAAGGAAACUUUCGAUGGUACUUAUCCUACAAUGUACCUCACUCCACCGUAUAAUUAUUUCUAUGUAGAAGUUAUACGUCACUCCUCGGACUACGCAUUUAAAAUAAACUUACCACUUAUAGUAUUUGUAAUUAUUGAGUGGUGCAUAAUAUGGAUAUACAUGCUGACAGAGAAAGUACGACACAAGAGGUUAAUUUGGAAUAAUAUAUAUCCAUGGUUCAAAGGAAUACCUUGGACAUGGGCCGUAGUACUGGUUGUUAUAAGCGUCAUAAAUUAUGUGAAAAAGACAAUAUCGGUCAGCAGAAUGUUUCAAAUAGGUGGCUCCAGAGAUAUUCUUGGAAGUGUCUGUGACGCUUUUGAAGUGGCCAUGUACAUACAUGCUGCGAGUAUUGGAACGGAAACCAUUCAUGGAAAGGGUCUUAAUCAUUUUGCUCACGGGCACAUAGACCCUAGUCUGAACAGCGAAAAUGUGUGGCUCUCCAGUUUUGUACUAAUCGUCACUGCGCUGCAUACUACUGGCGCAGCUAUCUGCGCCAUUACAGACUACGUCCAGGUUAUCGGACUCAAUAAUGUUAGAGAAAGUUCGUUAUGGAUUUUACCUAUGUAUUCGAAAUGUACGUCGCGCGGCGACUAUUCGCACUUCAUGUCUGCAACAUUAUUUUCCGGCUUAACCUUUUCGUACAUCGUCAUAGCUGCAGUUUUAUUUAAAACAGUGCUGCACAUUAUCUUCGAAUACAGGGUGAAAUUAGUCUUCGUCGAACAAUACUUGGUCGCCGGGUUAAUUGUUCUUUGCAUGGGACUCAGCUCGCUGUUCUGUAUUAACACUGUAAGAUUACAAUAUAAAGUUACAGACUCCGAGGGAGGCAUAGCGUAUUUAGAAGCUGUGGACUCUUUGAUGUCGGGUUUAUGCAUGCCAUUGAUUUGUGCCCUCGAGAGUUUCGGCUUCUUAUAUGCAUAUCGGAGCCAUGACUUUGUCUCGGAUAUGCACAUUGCCACGGAGGAAAAUAUGUGCGCAUCACGACUUGGUAUCCAAUGGCAAAUUUUACCAUUUAUUUGCAUGCUGCUUGUAAUCCUCAAAAUAGUAGUAUUAACAAACUCUGAGAUUCCAUCCAGAUUUAUGAUUUUGGCCUUAAUUCCUGUCAUUUGUGUCGUUAUAUCGGUCCCUUUGCGUGCUUGCCGCAAUGCGCUUGUUUUUUUACGGCCAAAACGAAAAUAGUGGUGUAUGUAAAACUGGAUUUCAUGACAAAUAC